CUAAACUGUUUUUGUUGAACUAGCAGAAACCUAACUUUUGAUAGUAAAGAUGUGUUUCCGCCCAAUUCAUACAGUAAGCCACGAUAGUUACUUGGUACCGGUCAUCAAUUAGUCAAUCUCAUUCUUCCCCUACUAUUGAUUUGUAUUGGCUUAACUACCGAAAACAAAAAUUUCCCUUUUACCCCUAAUAGUGGUCGAUUUGCUCCUUCCAGGGAGGUCUAUAUUUGGCUAACUGUCUAUCGGCUAGAGAAGUAGUGUCAAUCAGUGAAUAAUUUUAUUCUUAUGCCUUAUCUGAAUAUAGCUUUAGAAAUUCUUAACAUUGAAUACAUAAUAUACUUUAUCUGUACGUGGUUAAUCCUAAUUUUUAAACAUAAUUCUAUUUGUUAAAUGUUGGCAGGCAUAGUGUUGUGAAUUUGAAUUUGGGUGUACAUGAUCUUACUAGCUUCUAAUUCUACUGAGCCAUACGGAUGAUGGUGUGUUUGCUCUCACACAUUUAUUCAAAGGAUCAUUGUGAUGAAUGAUACCAAUUCUAGGUUGCUGGAACUUGCAUCCAAUCCUUCUAUUCCCAACUGGUGAGUUUAUAGGUUGCAGUGUUUGUGGUGGUCUCCUCCUGAUGGAGCUCAGUAUAUGCCCUUCUUGUUUACCUAAAAAUCUCUUCUCUCCUAAGAUCUUGUAGGAAUCUUUCUUUUUUCCUUAAGAAGCAUGCUACCAAUGGACGUCAGAUGUUCCAGCACCGAAAAGUUGGUGACCAUGCUUGGGUGUUUCAGAAUUCAUAUGAAAAGCAUUUAUUUUUUACUUUCAGGGAUUGCUCCAUCUUGCAGUUUAUAAUACGGCUGGACAAUUACGAUUUCACAUAUAUCUGAAAAACCACAGCCCAUCUGUGUUCUAUAAACGUUGGUGUGGUCUUAUGUGCACCAAGAAUUCUGUCAUUAACAUAAGGUAUUUUACACCCGCACUGCAAACUGUUGAUAAAUCUGAUGUGUUGUUUGCACUGAGAAUUCUUACAUUUGCGUAAGGUAUUUUACACUGGCGUUGUGAACUCAUUGACGAUUAGCAUUCAUCAGCUAAGCACACCUUGAUGUACGCAGCUUGUAUAUUAACAGGUCUUCAGAAAGGAGUAUAUCCAGUGUUUCUUCUCCUUACCUGUCACAUGCCACAGCUGUGCGAGGAUGUCGUCGGCCGUGUAUUGGGAGAUGGUGCGGUUGUUCUGCCACCGGCUACUCUCCACAGGAGGAAGCACGUACGCAAGCAUGUAAUGGUCAUUUCUUUUUGUAAUUAGCAUGUAAUGGUCAUUGGGUAGCACACGAUGAUCGAUCCAUAUAGGAUGCUAUUAAUCUGGACUUUCGCAAUCUUUUAAACAGAACGUGAUACCAUAGUAGAUUUGCUAGUUAAUGAUAAAUAAUUGAUGGACAUACGUUCGUAUAGUGCAACCCAAUAGCACGUCUGCACAGUGCAGUUAAGGCUUACUCUUACGUGGCCACUCUUCGGUUUUCUUACAGUCCGGAGGUGCGCACAUGAUGACCACGCCGUAAGUUUACACCGUCAACCUUUUGAUUUUACGGUGGCAGUGGCAGUGGUUGUGGUGUGUGGGUUCCUUUUCAGCCGUAAUCUUACCCCACAUGUUUUCCUUUCUUACGCUCUAGUGCUCUAGAACCUGGCCGUGGGAGAUGGGUGGGGUGAGGAAUAAGAAUUCCUCGCCCAGGGUGACGAAUAGCGCGAAACUCUAUUAGUAAGCCAGGGUGAAGAAUAAGUAAUUCUUCACCCCCGUCGAUCGAGUCAAGUGAUGGUCACCUAAAAUCACAUUCCACCGAUGUAAUUUUACGUGAUGGAAACUGUUGGAUGGUCCUAUGAGCUAGCCCACUCCAUCAUACUAAAAAACAUGCGAGCAUUUUUCUUAUCACUCACCGGCGUUCCUCUCUCCACCGGACCCUUCCUAUCUCGCCAUUGCGGAGGCGGCAGCAGCGACGACGCCGGAGGGACGACCAAGAGGCGAUGGCUACCUCUCUCGUGUGUGGAGUAUUUCCCUUUCCCUCUCUCACGCGGCAGCGCAAGCUCGGCUGCGACAACGGACUUCUCCGACGCCCCUCUCCACAAUUGGCGGUCCUCCCGCCGGCAAAUGAGGAUUGAAAUUCUGCCAAGAAAUCUUAGAGCAGAAGAUGUUUGCAAGGGACUUGGAAGACGAGGGAAUGCUGCGCAGGCGAGAAAAUGGCAAUUUGGAGAAAUUCGUGGUUACCACCAGUCUCGAGUUAGAUUUAUUUCAAUUGCAACCAGGCAGAGUGUUGUGAAUUUGAAUUUGGGUGUGCAUGAUCUUACUAGCUUCUAAUUCUACUGAGCCAUACGGAUGAUGGUGUGUUUGCUCUCACACAUUUAUUCAAAGGAUCAUUGUGAUGAAUGAUACCAAUUCUAGGUUGCUGGUAACGCAUUUUCACACCAUCCGUAUGCUUGUGGUAGUCAAUAUGAUACAGGAGCAUUAAUCCGUGGAUUUCGUUUUGGUUUUGACAGGAACUUGCAUCCAAUGCUUCUAUUCCCAACUGGUGAGUUUAUAGGUUGCAGUGUUUGUGGUGGUCUCCUCCUGAUGGAGCUCAGUAUAUGCCCUUCUUGUUUACCUAAAAAUCUCUUCUCUCCUAAGAUCUUGUAGGAAUCUUUCUUUUUUCCUUAAGAAGCAUGCUACCAAUGGACGUCAGAUGUUCCAGCACCGAAAAGUUGGUGACCAUGCUUGGGUGUUUUAGAAUUCAUAUGAAAAGCAUUUAUUUUUUACUUUCAGGGAUUGCUCCAUCUUGCAGUUUCUAAUAUGGCUGGACAAUUACGAUUUCACAUAUAUCUGAAAAACCACAGCCCAUCUGUGUUCUAUAAAUGUUGGUGUGGUCUUAUGUGCAUCAAGAAUUCUGUCAUUAACAUAAGGUAUUUUACACCUGCACUGCAAACUGUUGAUAAAUCUGAUGUGUUGCUUGCUCUGAGAAUUCUUACAUUUGCGUAAGUUAUUUUACACUGGCGUUGUGAACUCAUUGACGAUUAGCAUUCAUAAGCUAAGCACACCUCGAUGUACGCAACCUAUAUAUUAACAGGUCUUCAGAAAGGAGUAUAUCCAGUGUUUCUUCUCCUUACCUGUCACAUGCCACAGCUGUGCGCAGAUGUCGUCGGCCGUGUAUUGGGUGAUGGUGCGGUUGUUCUGCCGCCGGCUACUCUCCACCGGAGGAAGCACGUACGCAAGCAUGUAAUGGUCAUUUCUUUUUGUAAUUAGCAUGUAAUGGUCAUUGGGUAGCACACGAUGAUCGAUCCAUACAGGAUGCUAUUAAUCUGGAGUUUAACAAUCUUUUAAACAGAACGUGAUACCAUAGUAGAUUUGCUAGUUAAUGAUAAAUAAUUGCUGGACAUACGUUCGUAUAGUGCAACCCAAUAGCACGUCUGCACAGUGCAGUUAAGGCUUACUCUUACGUGGCCACUCUUCGGUUUUCUUACAGUCCGGAGGUGCGCACACGAUGACCACGCCGUAAGUUUACACCGUCAACCUUUUGAUUUUACGGUGGCAGUGGCAGUGGUUGUGGCGCGUGGGUUCCUUUUCAGCCGUAAUCUUACCCCACAUGCUUUCCUUUCUUACGCUCUAGUGCUCUACAACCUGGCCAUGGGAGAUGGGUGGGGUGAGGAAUAAGAAUUCCUCGC